CCGAAGUUCAGAAGUAGGAUGGCUUUCCUUUUGAGUUCUGUGUACGACGGUUACGUAAAGUAUCUCAUCGAUAAUGCAGAUGAACGGGUUCUUCGUCUGCCGCUGUUACAGUCCAUCUGGACAGUUCCGACCAUUACGGUGGUCUAUCUCUUCUUCGUGCUUAACGUUGGUCCCAAGUUGAUGGCCAAUCGCAAACCGCUCGAGAUACGCCCGCUGAUCAUCACCUACAAUCUAGCGCAGGUCGCAGCAAAUCUGGUCGCCUUUACACUCGGUCUAAAAUAUCUGCGAGACUAUAACUACUCCUUCGUGUGUCAGCCGGUGCAGCAGAUCGAAAAUCAACAGUCGCGUGCCGAGCUGCGGUUGGCGUAUGCUUAUUUUCUAUUAAAAAUUCUUGAUCUUGCCGAUACAGUGUUCUUCGUACUAAGGAAGAAGCAGACCCACGUGUCCUUUCUCCACGUGUACCAUCAUGCCAUUAUGGCGGUUGCUGCUUCGCUCAUUAUGCGCUACUUACCCGGAGGUCACUGCUUCAUACUCGGAUUGCUCAAUACGUUCGUGCACACGGUUAUGUACUUUUACUUCUUUCUCACCAUCUACCGUCCUCAGCUAACACGCGGUGCUAGCUGGAAGCGCUACAUCACAGUGCUACAGAUGGCCCAGUUUAGCUAUCUAGUGUUUCACUUCUUGCGCCCGAUCAUACUUGGUAUUGACUGUGGUUAUCCGCGAGGGAUGAUGUGGUUUGCGGGCAUACAGAACGUGUUCAUGCUCAUGCUGUUCAGUGAUUUUUAUAGGCGCACGUAUCUGAGAAAUCCGGUGAAAACGCGUGCCCAGUGA